AAAAAAAACUAUUGAAGAUGAUUAUUUCAAGCAUCACUGUAUCGGCAUCAACUACAAGGACAACUACAGCAUGUUUCUUCUCUUACUCUCGCUCCUUUCCUACAUCACUAGUCCUGCCGCCGCUCAAUAUUAUACGCCCACUACUACAUGGGGUAGUGUAUCGACCUUUAUAGAAGCUCAAAGGUUUAUUAUCCAAGGCGGUAGCGAUGGCACGUACGCAAUUCCGCAGACCUUUGAAAUCGACCUCUCUAAAUCUUGGGAUACUUCCAAUGUACCCUACAGACACCUCGCGGAUGGCCCUCUGCAUAUAACCACUAUGCGGUACUAUUCAACGACAAGCAGAACUGGCUUAUAUUUGCAAAUACUACCGCAAUCCGAUACACGAUUUCACAUGAUACCUGGGGUACAAAUAUCCCAGGCACCUAUCUCUGGGGUAUAGGGGCUGCUAGAGAUCCAAACACGGGUUAUGCGUAUGUCCCAAAUGGACAUUUGUCAAAUGGGAUCGGCGAAAUGGUAGAAUACAACCUAGUUAAUGGUGAAGGCAAAUUAUUCCCUAUGCACCCU